AUGAAGUGGAUUAAUUUCCUUCUUAUCACACUUGCCAUCUUUGGUUUGGCGAUUUCCAUUGCCUCAGCCUAUGAUCCAAGUCCUCUCCAAGAUUUCUGCGUAGCAAUAAAUAAUCUCAAGAGUGGUUUGUAUACGAAUGGGAAGUUUUGCAAGAACCCAAAAUUGACCAAUCCAAGCGAUUUCUACAGUACAGGACUGAACAGUCCCGGAAACACUAAUAAUCCAUUUGGGUCCAGUGUGACAACCCUAAACGUAGACAAGUUUCCAGGACUAAAUACUCUAGGGUUAUCUCUAGUUCGCAUUGAUUACGCCCAAAAUGGCGUAAACCCACCUCACUCUCACCCUCGUGGCUCUGAAAUCCUGGCCGUCACCACGGGCACGCUCUACGUGGGCUUUGUCUCGUCGAGCCAAGACGGGAACCGCCUCUACGCCAAGGUUCUAAACGCUGGAGAUUUGUUUGUGUUCCCAAUUGGAUUGGUCCACUUUGAGUUCAAUACAGGGCCCACUCCAGUGGUUGCUUUCACUGUUCUGAAUAGUCAAAACCCUGGAUUGAUUAUCACUGCCAACACAGUGUUUGGAUCAAACCCUCCAAUCAAUCCUGAUCUUCUUGCUAAGGCCUUUAAGUUGGACAAAAAGAUUGUGGAAAAUCUUCAGAAGCAGUUCUAA